CAUGUAAAUGUUCUACCUGUGCGUAUCCAUGAUGUUUUUAAUGUGGUUAUUUGCCAUGAGUGUGUUUCACUCCUCUUUAGGACAGAAUAGUUUUCUGCGUGCAUACUCUCCUGGGAAUAUCAUCAUUGGAGGACUUUUCCCCAUUCAUUUAAAAACUAAUAGGACUAACACUUCUGGACCACUCUCCUGUAGUGACUAUGGUUUAAAAACAUUCCUGCACAGUCAAGUGAUGAUAUACGCCAUCAGCAAAAUCAACCUACCUAACAUCAGCAUAGGAUACGACAUCUAUGACACUUGUGGAGAUGUCAGCCUCGCUUUGAGAGCGACUCUCCAGCUGCUGAAGAAUCAGUCAGACCCACAAAGCUGUUUAGUGCCAGCAGAUGCUCAGUUUGACUUACCUGAUCCCGAAACCAAGGUGGUGAUCGGGGAAAGGUACUCAGAAGUAUCGAUAGCUGUUGCACGACUUAUUGCUCUGUCUUCAGUUGCCCAGAUUAGUUAUGCAUCCACAAGUGAGCUGCUGAGCAGCAAGUUCAAGUUUCCCACUUUUCUGCGAACCGUGCCUAGUGACAAAUAUCAGACAAGAGGUAUUACUGAGCUGGUGAAGAUAUUCCACUGGAAAACAGUGAUUAUUGUGGGAAGUGAUGAUGAGUAUGGGAAAUAUGGCAGUGAUAGCCUUCAAGUCAACUUCAACAACGAGAAUAUCUGCAUUGAAUUUGUUCACAUCUUAUCUGCUGAUUUUACGACAAAUAAUAAUAGUAUGAACCAAACUGAGCUGACUGAACUACUGGAAAAAAUCCAAAACUCUUCUGCUGAGGCCAUCAUCAUCUUCACAAAGGACACUAAUGCUGAAAUCAUCCUGGAAGCAGCUAUUAGACACAGAGUCAACAGAACGUGGAUUGCAAGUGAUGCAUGGUCCAGCUCUUCAAAUAUCGCUGCAAUGCAAGACAUCGAGCUGGCAGGAGAAGUUUUUGGGUUCGUAUUAAAGCAGAAAGAGGUGCCUGGCUUUAAAGACCAUGUCAUGUCGAUGUUUAAUGGAACUAAUAACACAAUUCUUAGAGAUUACCAGACGCAGCAUCUACUUUCUGUAAAUCAGUCUGAAGAAGAAAGAACGCAACAUCUGGCUUCUUACAUCGACCAGGAUGAAUCUUAUGGUGUUUAUUUAGCAGUUCGAGUCAUUGCUGAAGGGCUCAGACGCUUGCUGAAGUGUAACGACCAUCGGUGUGAACGAAGAUCCAGUUUCACAGCCUCAGAGCUUCUAUCGGAAAUCCAGAAAGUAAACUUUACUGAGAACAACACACAAAUAUACUUCAAUAGUGAUGGAGAUCCCAGUUUGGGAUAUGAUAUUGUAUACUGGAACAGGUCUGAGGGUAUAAUAAUACAAACUAUUGGAGAAUACAGUCCAGAAGGAAAAAUUACAGUCCCAACAGGCCUUUUCAGUCACCUCAUAAAUGACACGGUCUCUGUUUACAAUUGCUCAAAAAAAUGUCAACGAGGACAAGGAUUUACAUUAAAAGGAAAGUGUUGCGGAGUUUGUGUUCCAUGUGCAAGUGGAGAGAUUUCUGAUGGAAAUCGUUCAGCAUGCAAGCGCUGCACUGACAACCAAUAUUCAAUUGCUGAACAGAGGGAUCAGUGUUUCAACAAAACGGAUGAAUUUCUCCUCUGGACCGAUCCCUUCUCAGUCAUUCUGAGCUUCCUUGCAGUUGUUGGGAUCAUUGCUACCGUUGUCUUUGCUGUUCUGUUUGCAGUAUAUCUUAAAACUCCCAUUGUGAAGGCAGUUGGAGGUUAUUUGUGUUUUCUGGAGCUUUUUGCAUUGCUGGCUGGCUUCUGUCUUACAUUCACCUUCAUAGGGAAACCUACUGAGAAGAUUCACUGUGUAGGUGUGCCUCUCUUUGGCAUAGCCUUUACCCUCUGCAUCUCUUGCAUUCUGGCAAACUUGCUUCAGAUCUUCUUGGGCUUCAAGUUUGACCUUAAGGGAAAGUCUUGGAUAAAGAAGCUGAAUAUGCCAUUGGUGGUGGUGACCAUCAUCUUUGGGAUUCAGUUAGGCCUAUCUGUGUCAUGGCUGACCAAAGAACCACCACAUCCUGACAAUAAAUCUUUAGAUCAGACUAUCCUAUACAACUGUAAGAUUGAGCCCUAUAGAUACUUUAUAGCCAUGUUAGUCUACAAUGCUUUCUUGGGCCUUAUUUGUUUUGUGUUUGCAUUCAAAGGUAGAGAGCUGCCAGAUUUGUACAAAAAUGCUUCUUUGAUCACCAUCAGUAUGCUGAUGUUUGUAGUCAUCUGGAUCAUCUUCCUCCCCAUUUAUUUGACCUUGACAGGGAAAUACCAACCAGCAGUACAAAGUGCAGCUAUCCUCACUUCCUGCUUCAGCAUCCUUGGUUGUCACUUGGCCCCAAAGUGUUAUAUUAUGUUGUUCAGGAAAGAGCUUAAUCAUGAGCGCGCCAUUGCUGAAUACAUUAGGAAGUAUUAUGAGCAAAAGGGUAUUUCUGUGGUGCACUCGUAGUGUCACACUUAAAUUGUUCUGCAAAGGAAUGAAUCUUCCUGUGAUGAUGUAAUAUGAUGAUGUGAUGUGAUAUGUGGUUUUGCCAUAGGCUGUAUAUAAAGGAUGAAUGCAGACACUGCGACAUCACCUACUGGUUAGUGAAUUCCUGUUGUGAAACCUCCAGCUGAGUUAGGGAACCACAUGUUGGGAAGGCAGUGUCUCAUUGGCUAACACCUUUCUGAUUAAUCCUUUUUUUAAAUGUAAUUUACAAAAUGAGCUAUUAUUGUGUUCAGCAAAUCUUGAAAUUAGCAGUCACUCUUUAGACUCAUAAGAACAAUGUUUAUUUAGAUUUUGGAUUAAAAGAAACUUGAACUAUUUUCACUCAACAGAAAAAUAAAGGUGGCACUUUCACAAUUGCUUCACCUUUCAAACUUAAAAAAUUAAAUAAAAUUACGUGUAUUUUGUGCAAUUCCCCCACAAAAAGAUACCUUUCAUGUCAAUUAAAUCCAGCCCGGGAAAGCUUUUAAAUAAAAAGUUCAAUAUUUGCUGAGCUAAACAACAGCUGCAUCUUACCUGUAUUGGAAAGUCAAUAAAUCUUUAUCUGAGCAUCAUCUUCCUCUUGAGUCAUUUAAAACAUAGAAAUUCUCUCAUCAAAGUGGGGCACAGACUUUUUCAGCCAUGUAUUUGUACAAUCAACUGCACAGCCACUCAUAUUAUUUGUCAGAUAAUUGGGUUAAAUGCUUCAGAGGGCACAAACAGCAAAAACAUGGCCUGGAGGUUCAGUUCAAUGACUCUAAUGAAGUGAAAGCCAGCAGACAGCCAGCAGAUAGAGCAACCUGAGCUAGCUCCCACCUGUCUCUCAAUGAGGCCACAUCCCUGAAAAGGGAAGAAUUGGCCUGUGCUAGACUGCUAGGCUAGCAGUAAAUUAAUGUUAUCCCAUCAGGGCAAGCAAUGCAGCAGUGCUUGUCAAGUAAACAAGAACAUCAACUAAAACCUACCAGAGUGAAAAUUAUCUCUCUAGCCUAUUGUAAGCUCUUGCCUGUUUGCAUCCAUCUUUUCAAAUACUGCCAUCUUGUGGCCUCUGUGGAUAAUAAAGCACAUGUGCUUUCAGAGCAUUGAAGGCAGUCAACUGCUGCUGCCUCACGACUCUCACAUGAACUCCAGACCUGCAUUCACCUCUUCCCUCUGAAACCCCCCACACCCCCAGACAUCCAAAACUCUGAACAUCGCCCUUUCACUGACUGCCUCACCCCCACUUGCACACCACG